AUGGCGAGCGAAGCGUCCACGGUUCGCCCCUUCCAGGUGGUCGUGGCUGCCACCAAGGGCGAGAUGGGCAUCGGCUACCAGGGUGGCCUGCCCUGGAACCUCCCCAAGGAUAUGGCCUACUUCAAGGCGGUCACCUCCCAGGUGAACGAGCCCGGAACCAAGAACGCUGUGGUCAUGGGCCGCAAGACGUGGGAGUCCAUCCCGGCGAAGUUCCGACCCCUGCCCGGCCGCGUCAACGUCGUCCUGAGCCGCGGCCACACCCUGGUGGAGGCCGGCUCGGAGAACUCCGCGCCCGUGAACGGCGGCGGUAAGCCCGAGGUUCUCCCGGAAGGGGUCUUCCUCCGCCCCUCCCUCGAGGCUGCUCUCGAGCUCCUCUCCGCGCCCGAGCACGAGGCAGGUGUCGAGAAGGUCUUCGUCAUCGGCGGCGCGCAGGUGUACGCCGAGGCGAUGGCAUCCCCCCACUGCCAGGCCCUCCACCUCACCGAGGUGACCCCGCCGGCGGAUGAGCCAGAGAAGUACAAGUGCGACGCGUUCCUGCCCCAGAUCGAUCCCGCCAAGUUCAAGCUGUACGCCUCGGCCAAGCCGCUGAGGGAGAAGGACGGCGCCACCAUCCAGUUCCUGACCUACUUCGGCGUGGACCCUGGCACGGGCAAGUUCCGCUCGCCCGGAUCCAAGGUGCUCCCCGCGGGUGCCGUGGCGAAGGGGGUGCGACACGAGGAGAUGCAGUACCUCGACCUGAUCAAGGAGAUCAUGGAGGAGGGCAACGUGAAGGGUGACCGCACCGGAACGGGCACGAUUAGCAAGUUUGGCUGCCAAAUGCGUUUCGACCUUCGCCGCAGCUUCCCGCUGCUCACCACCAAGCGUGUCUUCUGGAGGGGCGUCGCGGAGGAGCUCAUCUGGUUCGUCAAGGGCUGCACCAGCGCCAAGGAACUCCAGGACAAGGACAUUCACAUUUGGGACGGUAACGGAAGCCGCGAGUACCUCGACAGCGUCGGCCUGGGUCACAGGGAGGAGGGUGACCUCGGGCCGGUGUACGGCUUCCAGUGGCGCCACUUCGGCGCCGAGUACAAGGACAUGCACGCCGACUAUACCGGUCAGGGAGUGGACCAGCUCGCGGAGGUGAUCGACAAGAUCAAGAACAACCCCAACGACAGGCGUAUCCUGCUCACCGCGUGGAACCCCGCGGCGCUCAAGGAGAUGGCCCUGCCCCCGUGCCACAUGUUCUGCCAGUUUUACGUCGCAAACGGUGAGUUAUCGUGCCAGAUGUACCAGAGGUCGUGCGACAUGGGCCUCGGUGUGCCCUUCAACAUCGCGAGCUACUCCCUGCUCACCUGCAUGGUGGCGCAGGUGUGCGGACUGAAGCCCGGAGACUUUGUGCACUGCUGCGGCGACACCCACGUGUACUCCAACCACGUCGAGCCCCUCUACAAGCAGCUCGAGAACGAGCCCAGGCCGUUCCCGACGCUCAAGAUCAACCCGGAGAAGAAGGACAUCGAUUCCUUCGAGUUCAGCGAUUUCGAGAUCGUGGAUUACGACCCGCAUCCCAAAAUAGCCAUGCAAAUGGCGGUCUAAAGCGAGUCGCGGUGGUGGGAUGAAGGCAGUAUGAGAAGCGAGAGGCGAACGCUCAAAAGUGCCCUUCACGGGGCGGCGAUAAAACUAUCAAUAACCACAUGUUGCUUCGCUAAA